AUGCAUGGAAUGCGAUUUGACAAACUCCUCUUCGACCGUGCUAAACAUAGCGGUGUCAAGGCAUUCAAUGGGACAAAGGCCACUGCUAUCCAACUCCAGGUCACUGAAUGCCCGGAGAGCCAUGGCGACUCACGCCUAGGACGAUCCGUGUCAGCCUCGUCGACACGCAAGGACAAGAAAACAAGCGGGAAGGUUUAA